UUCUUCCUUCUCAGGGGAAAAAAAAACACUAGGGUACAGAGCAGAGGGGCAGUUUCGGGCUGCGACGGGAAACCAGGAAUUUAUUUUAUACUAAAUUUCGCCGACAAUUAAACGCUGUUUCUUCUUUUUCUUUUCACUUUCCUCAGUAUUCUCCCAUUCCCAGUAGAGAGAGAGAGAGAGAGAGAGAGAGAAUAAAAAGAAAAAAAGAAAAGAAAUUUCCAAAGCACAAAGAAAAUAAAAAGAAAAAAAGCACAAGCUUCGAAACGAUCGAUUAAGGCGAGGUAAAGAUGAAGAAGUGCGAGCUGUGCAAGAUUCCGGCGAGGGUUUUCUGUGAGUCGGACCAAGCUAGCUUAUGCUGGGACUGCGACGCUAAGGUUCAUGGCGCCAACUUCUUGGUCGCUAGGCACUCCAGGACCCUUCUCUGCCACUCUUGCCGUUCUCCCACGCCGUGGAAGGCCUCCGGCGCCAGCCUCGGAAGCGCCGUCACCGUCUGUGACCGUUGUGCCGCAGGCACCAGCGAAGAAGAAGAACCGGAAGAGAGCGAAGGAGGUAAUGAGGAGGAAAUAGACGACGACGACGAAGAUGUCGCCGGCGACGAGGGCGGAGACAAUCAAGUCGUGCCUUGGUCCUCGACGCCGCCUCCGCCGCCAGCGAGUUCCUCUAGCAGCGAAUGGUCGUCGGUUAGCACGUGCAGAAGAAACGGCGUCAACAGCAGAAACGGCGAUGGAGAUGGAGAUAUUUCUGUUUCUGAACCCGUAACGACAACAGUGUCGUUGAAACGACAGCGUCCGGAUGAAGCUUCUGAUCGUGAUCUUCAGGAGGGUCAUAACGGUUGGGCUUCUCAGCGGAGGUGCGGUGGGGAGUGGAGAGAGGAGGUGGCGUGUGGCGGAGAACCACCGUCGAAGGAGUGAUAGAGACAUCGUGGUACAGGAUACGUGAUACGGCGACGUUUAAUGAUGAGAAGACCCGAGGUUUCUGAGCCACAUGAUCGACGACGUCGUAGCAUGAGAUAUUUUAGCUCUUUGAUCAUUAACUUCUAAUCAAACCGCUCACUAGACUGCUGGUUUUUGACUAUUGGUUGAUUGUUGUGUAUUAACGUGGUGUUUUCCUUGAUCCGUAUUUAAUGUAAACACUAAAAUCAUUAUGAUGCUGAUGUAUACUUUCUUAGCUUUUUUUUUUUAAUAUUACUUUUGCACCAAUUGCUUUUUGCUUUUAUAUA